UGAAACCGAAGGUUGUAUCAAUGGCAACGGUUUAGGGUAGGCACAACCUUUGAUUUAGAAUUGUUGUUUCAUUGAUUGACUGGAUUAAUAUCUUUCAUUGAGUAGUUGCAGUUUAUCGGAAGCCAGUUAAGCUGAGAAUUUAUAAAUACCUGUGGGAGUUUACCUCAACGAAGAUUUCAUCCGGCUGGUCGAAUUGUUCAUUUCAUUUUUGGUGAACCUCUAAAACAAGCAUUUAUAUCUCAGUGUGCCUAGAUCAACGUUAAUGGUGUCAAACGUAAGAACAAAAACUAUGUUUGAUAUCAGUGCUGAGAUAAACAGUCAGCUGAACCACAAAUCCAACCCAUCUUGAAAAUAGCUUUCAGGCAAAUCUUUUUUUGUUUAUGGGAUUCAGAAUGUCGACAAUGCUCAAGGAAUUUUCCUAGGCACCCUAGAGUGUCUACCACAAAGGUAGCUCCCUUUUUAGAGAAUGGUUAAAAGAGCUAAAACUCUCAGUAUUGAUAUUCUACCAUCAAAAACAUAAAUGUUCAGUUUACUGAAAUGAGUUCAGUAUUCAGACCUGUUAAACAUCCUGUUUUGUUAAAAAGAAGCUUCAUUAUUCUAGGCAAAGUGAAGGAGAAAAGUCAGCUGCUUUCAUUGGACGUUUUCAUGUACUGGAAACAUCUGGAAAUCUCAAUGGUGUAUAACGCCUUAAAGAACGGUAGUUCUGGGCCACCUUCAGAAAUAAUUGGAGGUGUAAGUUGGUAAGGUAGUUGUCUAUGGCCCUUGUGGAAAUUCUUCAUAAUAAUAAUAGAUAGGGUUUUAUAUUUUUGUUACGAACCACACUAUUCGAGACAACUAGCAAUUCCACAGUUUAUAGUCUGUGGUGUCUUUGGCAUAGUUCAUAAAAACUUGGGAAACGGAGGCCAAAUAAAAUGUCGGAAGCAGUCAAAUAUAUUGGUGGCCAAAACAAAUGGAAACCAUACAGAAUUGUUUCAGAGCUUGAAAAAUUUAACACAUGACUAAGGGCUCAAAAGACAACCCGCACACACCCUUAGCAGUUGUGAAACCAGGUUACCUCGACAAGAUGGUGGGAAUCUAUAUUAUUGGGACAUUACGAGGAGCCAACAGGGAGAACAAUCACAUUCUGAUUAUGGUUGAUCACUUUACGAAUUAGUAUGAGGCAAUUCUCCUAAGUAGUACAGAUGCUCAAACUGUCUACCGGACAUACACCUUUGUUAUAGAUAAAAAGAGAUGUGAGGCCUCCAGCUGAAUUGUCGACAAAACUAAUGCAUCAAAAACCUUUAUUGGAGUGAGACACUGUCGUGAAGCUUCGAGAGGAUGUUUCAAAGUGUCAUCAUAUGGCUUGCGUACAGUUAGCUGUGACGCAAAAGCAUCAGAAAAAGUACUACAAUGAGAAGACUUAUGGAAUAAUCUUACAACCAGGAGAAAAAGUAUGGUUAAAACCAGACGACUCACCGGCAGAGACACUCACUAAACUACAUAAUGAACAGGUCCUUAUGAAGUACCUAGAAUCUUAACAAAAUCUACGUGUGAAAUCAAAGACAUCAGAGGCGACUCUUGGUACCUAUGGUCGUUCAUUAUGAUUGCCUGAAACCGGCGUAUGACUACAUAGAAUAUAUGAUUAACCAAAGUUUGCACCUAAGUUAAUUUUUAAAAAAUGAUUUACGAUUACGUUCUGUUUAAUUUGUUACAGAUCCCAAAGUGAGGGAGGAAAAAUACUUAGUAUCCUGGUGUUAUUUUAUAUUACGUUUUGUGUCCCGAACUGUUGUACAGUCCGGCAUUCCUGUCAAAUUACUGAUUCUGUGUUCCUGUUGAAAUAUUAUCGUACUCUUUUUGGAUUGUCGUUUCUUUUCCUACUUCCAAAAAGACUUUGGAAGGAAAACCAAUUUCUUUUGUGGAGAUUAUUGAAAGCCAUUGAGGACAAAGUUUAAAGGAGUCAGAAGCGGUGUAAUAUUAACAACACGAUUCACUCGAACUUUUUUUUGUGCUAACGACUAGCUCUGCUUCUCAAUGGUCACUAGUCGACUGUAUUUUGUAUUGUUUGUUUGCAUUUCGAGUGCAUUUACUUCUGGAUUAACAUUUGGAUUUUCAUCAGCAACUACACUUCAAAUUUAUUUCGACUCUACUUGGAUAGCAGUUUUUGCUGGUUUAUUAAAUGCAGGUGGAAUAAUUGGAUCUUUGUGGUCAACGUGGCUUAUUCGUCAUUAUGGACAUUGUCUUACAUUAUUUUUUUCUUAUGGUCUAUCUGUCAUAGGAUGGGUGUUACUGUAUUUUUCAUCGUCAGCUGUCUACGAACGAUAUUCACCAACUGUUCAAUUAGUAUUAGGACGUCUAAUAACCGGUUUAGGAUGUGGAUUAACUUUAACUACUAAUGUAAUUUAUAUCUAUGAGAUAAUUCCAUCGUCAUGGAAAGUAUUGAUGGGAUCAUUGUUUCAAGUUGGUAUAACAUGUGGAAUUGUUGCUGAUUAUGCACUUGCAAUUUUUUUAAACUGGGAUACUAUUUCUUUGGUUUUCGCUUUGGUUAUUUCAUUUGUUGCCGUUUUAACUUAUAUGUUACCCGAAUCUUCUGAAUGGUGCGUUAAAAUGGGUAAUUUGCAAUCAGCUGAAGCAUCUCAUUAUUGGUUGCAUGGAAACGAGAUACCUUUUAAACAAAAUGGGAAUAAUUUAAUAAUCAAUGGAAAUGUUCCUCAUGAUAUAUCAGAUCUUAGCACAAAGUCAUACACUGGUUCUUCUCAUAUAUUGAAUGAUUCAAAGUCUAAGCUUCGUACGAUUUUUAUAUUAAUAACAUUUCAACAAUUAACAGGGAUGAAUGCCAUAAUCUACUUUGCUGAAUCUGUUUGCCUAUUUGGUGGGCUAGUAUCAUAUCAAUGUGGAUUCAAGAUGGGAUUGUGUCUAUUUAUUUCUAGUAUUGUAUCAGUAUUUGUGGUUAGAAAAUUCUCCUGGAAAAAGUUACUACUGGUUGGUGCUGUAAUUCUGGCUUUAUCUCAUCUGUGGUUCUCACUAACGGUAUCAGUGAGUGGCCAGUUUAUAGAAUAUAAUGUCGUUCUUUUUUAUUUAUUAUUUAUGAUCUUUAAGAAAUCUUUGUCAUAGAGUAACAGUGGUACUGUCAAAUUAAUCAAGUUGUUAGUUAACAAAGUGGAUCUAGUUAAAUAUCGUCAGAAUUCUGUCCUUUCAUUUUUUCUGAUAUCCAUGAUAUUAUUGCGUAAACGAGUUUUCUUAUUAUGAACUAAAAUAGUUAGUGGCUAGCAGCAGAAUCCAGGAUGUGCGUUUCGUUCUAUUCAGAACUUGUCAUCUGGAUUCACUUGUAUCCCGAGGUUGAUGUUCACUCCGGGACUCGAAUUCAGUGCCGCUUGCUUUAAAUACUGUGCAAGUACAUCCAGCUGACGAGUCAAAAAUGGGACGAAAUACUUUCCAGUCACCAUCCGUUUUUGCUUAGAAUACGUGUGACUUAAUGGCAAUAUGGAAGCAAACCCAAACGACUAAUCAAUUUUAGUCCUAAAAAUCAAUGAGAAGAUUCAAAUAACCAAUACAAAUAAAGUCUUCUCAUUAUUCAUACUUAAAUAUACCACACUGGCGGUGGGGUUUGAAAGCGAAAUAUGCCUACUGAUACAUUACAUCCAGUAUUAAUGUACCAGGAUAAUAAUGUUAAGCAUAAAAGGAAAAGAAAUAUUGGUCUACUUGACUUUAUUCUGCAUUAGUCAUACACUUUUGAGAAGUUGAGGAGAACAUGUGAAAAUUCUUGAGUCGUACUUAUCCUUGAUUUAUGUAUAUGUGAACAUAUAAUUCUUCAUCAGACGUGCUAGAAAUUAUUUAAUACAUCUGUGGUAUAUGCUAUUUAUGUUGACGAAUAUAAGCAGUAUGUAGCAGUAACUGGAAGUGAAAUGUUUGCCAGCAAAAGAUUGAAUUGAAAAGAACAGGAAUGGAAACAGAGAGCAAAAGGAAUAAUGAUCGAAUUGGAAGAAUCAUGAAGUAUGUAAAGGACAUCUGAAGGAAGACGUGCAAAUAAUGUAUCCAAUGUAUGAUUUUCAAAUUCUCCAAACCACUGUGUAAUUUUAGUUUUCCUCACCUUCGUUUUUGUAGCACUUCACAUCUAACAUUCCCUUUUGAUCCUCUGUUAGAAUAAAUCGAUUAACAACAAGAGAGUAUAAUCUUUAAUAAAAUGUCAUUUUCUUCAGUCAAAUAAACGUGGAUGCAAGUUUCAACGGAAAUCAGUGUCGGGUGUGCGGCAGUUGUUUACCGAAGACAAUGGAAGAUUGUCGCUCAGCAACAUAAACCAGUUGAAGUUAGACAUUAACACCAUUGAAUACCACCGAUUCAGUGGUCUAGAGACUAAGCGUUCGCGCGCGAGACUGAAGGCCCUGGGUUUGAGUACCAUGCUCGUAGUCGUGUAUGCGCACUACUGAGGAGUCCCAUGCCAGGACGAAACGGUCUUCCGGUACUUUCAGGUUUUCGAUUGUGGUCCAACAUUGACCGAUUCAUGAUCUCAAUCAAAACUCAGUAAUCUUCACAACCCUUUACUGAAAUUAAGUAAUCGAAUAGUUUUGAGGAAGCAUAAUUUACAUUGUUUUCUAUAUUUUACUAUUCUGACUUAUUUACUGAAGACUCCUUCUCUUUACCACAGUAAUCAAAUUUUAUGGAUAUAAAAAUGUACAACGAAUAUCGUUCGUAAUAGAUAACUUUCAUUCAGAAAAUAAUGAUCUAGUCUAAUGUUCCCGUAUUUUUUGAUACAAUAUGAUUGUAAAAUUCUUAUUAAUUACAAUUGCUGUCACAUAGCCAAUGUCUUUCUAUUUCAUUCAGUGAGAAAUAUUUAACUAUAAACUUAAAAUGGACAAUUUGAAAAUAUUUCUUAAUAGUCAUAUAUAUAAGUUAGUGUACAUAUGUUUCUUCAUUUAAUUAACGAAAUAAACUUCCUCCUUCACUCUUCAUCUUUUCUCUCUCAAGUGAUCAAGUUUUUAUGUAUCAGUAUCAGCUGCUAGACAUUGUGUCACAAGAGUGGGAAGUUGAAUUGGUGCACAAACAUAUCAGGUUUUACGUUGCUUGUAUCUGAAUGACUGAUUUUAAGUAAUAUAGUCUGUUUAAUCAACUAAGCUGGGAAUAAGGAUCUAUUUAUAACACUAAUCUUUUUGAAUCGGAAAAUUUUGGCCAUCACACUAUGGCCUAGCUAUCUAAAGAUGUAUAGUCCUCAUCGCGAGGUCUGGAGUUUCUAGGUUUUAAAUCGUGUAGAGUUUUAGGUAUGAACUGCAUCGAAACACCUAUCUAAUUAUCCUUGGCUUUAUUCGGAUCUCUAGUUGGCGUCGAUUUUUCAUGACAACUUUCUUUAAACUAUCCGAAUCUCCUCAAAACAUCUAAGUAAAUUAUAUAUCCAACUUUCAGAAGGCCCCCAAAUGCCCUGGUAUGGCUGAGAGUGAGAUGGGUCCGCCCUCCCUCUCGAAAUGCUCUCACACGGCCACGCGUAUACAGCCUCUGUCAGGGAAGUCCUAAUCACUGCCUUCUCUCACUACGGGUGUUGUUUACGAAAAUAAGAGGACGAAAAGUGAAUGUCUGGUGCUUUAACCGGAUUCCAAACUAGUGGUGCACAUGGGCUCUAGUAUCCUGCGGGAACAAAUGACGUAUGAACUAAUCGUUGGUCACCGGCUACGAUGGGACUGCAUCUUCUCACGAUGCUCCACUGCCGUGUGGAUCAGACCUUUAGGUCGAAGUCUUGGAGUGUGGACCCCUAAGAAAACCACCUACUUCGGUUUGGUCACCCGGGCAGUAUCACAGCCCUCACACAAAUCUAAUGAUUUAUAUAGUGCAUAUCUACUUGGUGCCUCCUUGUACCAAUGUUUAUGUGUUUAAAUAAAUAAAUAAAGAACUUUCAGGAGAGACUCUGAUAUUAACUUCUAUGAGCCAAACAUUCAUCUAAAAAAUCAUAGCAAUCAGUAUAAGUUGAUGAUUUCUGAAAUUACUGUAUUUCUUCUAAACAUAAACAGCUCAAACUUUAAAUAACAACAUCAUAUGAUAACCGGAGAAUCGUUCAAUUCUUAAAUUUUCAUGAUCAUUCACCUUUCUUCAUGUGUACCAUAUACCUUUCCAAUGAAAUAAACUUAAAUUUUAUUCAAUCAUUCCAUUUUCGUUUCUUUCUUUUUUUUUUAAAUUCAUUUAUAGCAAACUGAAACUUCAAUGUCUUCAAUGCAUCAAGUUUAUUUAAUUGUAUUUGUUAUAACUUUUGCAUGUAGUUGGGGUCCAUUACCAUUAUUAAUAGCAUUAGAAUCAUUUCCAAUUAUUAAUCGAAAUUAUGUUAUUAAAUCAUCUUUAACAGUUGGUUGGACAGUUUGCUUUUUUGUUACAUUUAUAUUUGAACCAUUUAUAUUAUGGACAAGUGUAUCAGUUUUAUUCGGUAUAUUCUCAUUAUGUUGUUUAUUAUCUUGUGUUUAUGUUUAUUUUCAUAUUCCUGAUAUGAAAUCAAUGAACACCACCUAAUAUGUGUUUACCUUUUCUUGGUUAAUAUCAUAGUAAUAAUGAUAAUAAUAAUUCACAUAUUUAAAGUGAAGAUUUUCACUGAUAUAUAUAUAUAUAUAUAUAUAUAUAUAUAUAUAUACAUAUAUAUAUAUAUAUAUAUAUAUAUAUGAACACUUCACUGUAGUCUUGUUCAUUUAUUAUGUUGGUUAACCGUGACAGCAAUUAUUUUAUUGAUUGUACUGUAGAGUGUUGGGUACUAUUAUUGUUAAGCCCAAAUAACUUAUUCUAGCUUUUGGACAAACUAAUUUAUCUAUUCUUCUUUGAGUCACAUUUUAACUUUGCUAAUUAUUUACUUAUCACAACCCUGCCUGUUUUUUAUAUGAGCACAUAUGUGUGUACACACAUCUUAUCCUAUAUUCAUCACAUGUCUGUAACUUAUUUUCGUUGGACUAUAAAAAUAUCGAUUACCGCUUGGUAAAAAGGGAGUUGACAAAUACGCCUUCUCCACUGCGUGUCCUUUCGUUUCAUCCCACUCAUUUCCUGUUCACAUCAGUGAGUGGACAAAAUAUAUGUAUUUAACAAUCUAUCCUCGUAUUCGACUUAUUUAAUUCCGUUAUUUAAGUUGAUAGUUAUACACGAGACUAGUUAGGAUGUAUAUUUCGGCAGUAAUCAUUCAAUAACGAUUAUCUGUCCGAUCUAACUAGAGUCAGAUCCUAGAUCACUAAAGUACACAAGUUUUCGUCGUAUCUAAAUCGAUGAAAUUCCUUACUUCGAAAUAGAAAAUUCAUCAAUUAUAUAUCUCUCUCCCUGUUUCUCUUUACACUUUUUACAGCUAAUCUCUCAAUUGAUAUUAUAUUCACUUCAUUAUCUACAUAUAAAUUUAAUAGAGUAUAUAUCAUAGUACUUAGUUAAGUCACAGUAAUUGUAUUUUAUAUAUUCAUCAUCUUGGCAGUUAUUCUAGUGUAACUUCUUUUAAAUAAUAAAACGAGUAAUACAUAAGUAAAUAAUUAAUUUCACAGGUUCAAAUCAUGAGUCAGUUGAAGCUAGACCACCAUUGAAAACCUGGAGGCACUGGGAGGCCGUUUCGUCCUAGUAUGGGACUCCUCAGCAGUGCGCAUCCACGAACCCGCCCCCACGGGAGUCCCAUACUAGGACGAAACGGCCGUCCAGUGCUUCCAGGUUUUCAAUGGUGGUCUAGCUUCAAUUGAAUCAUGAUUUCAACCUGUGAAAUUUCCUAAAAAUCUCCACAAAACUCAUUUUGAAAAUAAUUAAUUUUAAAAUUUUCACUACUGUUAUAUCCUAGUGAAGAACAAAUUACAGGUAACUUCCGAGGACUAUUAAUGGACUAAUAUUCUUACUGUAUAAUUAUUCAGUAGUUAGAUUAUGUAUAUUUAUAUUCCCCUUAUUAUAAGCUUCAUUUUGACCUAUAAUUUAUUAUUAUACGAUUUACUGUCCCUAAAUUAUGCUCAGUUUAUCAACUACUGUCUCCCACGUUCACAGCCACUUUUUGGCUUUAUUGUGUACACAUGUUAUUUCCUAUUUUAUGGUGUGUUGCGAUCUGUUUGCUUGAUAUAUAAACAUAGUAUGUUUGAAAUAUAUGAUUCGCAUAUUGGAAGAUGAUAUUGUUGUUCUGGGCUCAAGUGGACGGGUUAGGCGGACAUAGGAUCAAUAAGGACGCUAGGCUGCUCAUACCUCUUGAACGUCAUUGGUU